AUGAUAGCAAAAACCAAUAAAACGAUACAGGAAACGGCAAAAAACGAACAAAACGUGGAAAACGGGGUUAGAAAAAAGAAAAACGGAACAGAUAAGAGGUUAGGUCGGGAGACCUCGGCAAUGUCGUUCGGAGGGCAUCUCCGAUGCCGGGUUGCGAUUCUAGUUAGCUAUCCCUACCGUAAUAAGCCAUUCAUCAAGGACCGCGAUCGAUUAAUUUUAUUAUCUAAAUGGACCAUCUAUCGGUUGGGGUUCAUGAACGACCUAAGCGGCGGUCCACAUAAUUUGCAUAAGUGGACAGUCACCGUCUCCGUCUGGUUACUGGCCAUAAUUGCACCAGUAGUGGUAGUUAAUUCACAAUUCCUUAGCUUCGAUCAGCAUGGUAACGACUGUGCGCUCUAUGUGGGCGGCCCCGGCAAAUCGUCCGCCUUCGACUACAAUAUAAAUCUGUUCCGUGGAACGUUAUCUCCACUGCACACAGAGUCGAACACAUGCAUCUCGUACGAUGCCAUCAAUCAGGCCUACUUGGAUGCGCGAAAGCGCAUCCGGGUGUCGCAGCCAAAGGGUGACUGGAAGACGGAGGACAUCGCCACCGUCGGUGAGCUGUUGCUGGACAUUUCCAUUCAGCUUGCCCGGACGUAUGGUCUUUCGUACGAAGAAAUCGAGAAGGGCCUACCGUCGAUCGACACUUCCAAGACGCUCAUUCGGGAGGUUUGUCCCGCUUUCCUGUCCGGAGUGGAAUGUCGGCCGGGCAAGUACCGUCGCGUUGAUGGUCUGUGCAACAAUCUGAAACACCCGACCUGGGGAGCAGCGAUGACACCUUUCCAGCGGUUGAUCGGUCCGCUGUAUGCCGACGGCAUUAACGCCCCACGGAUCUCGGUUACCGGCAACGAGCUGCCGCUGUCACGUGUCGUUUCACGAACCAUUCACCCCGACGAGGGUUAUCACGAUCACGCCGGUACGGUGUUUGUCAUUGCGUGGGGACAGUUUAUGGAUCACGACUUCACGCUAACCGGAACUCCGCUGGAUCCCAUCAACAAAAACGAUCCGGAGGAGUGCUGCAAGCGACCGCCGCACCUGAAACACCCGUACUGCAAUGAAAUCCGCGUUCCCGACGAUGACUAUUUCUAUCGGUUGUUCAACGUCAAAUGCAUCGACUUUGUGCGUGGUUUCCCGUCGCCUCGCGCCGGCUGUCGCCUCGGAUCUCGGCAGCAGUUCAACACCCUAACGUCCGUCAUCGACGGAAACACAAUCUACGGGGUGAAUGAGAAGUUUACCCGCAAACUGCGCACCGGUUACAAUGGUCUGCUUCGUAUGAAUCCCGUUUUCGCCGAGUACGGCCUUAAGGAUCUGCUCCCGCUUAAGCUGGACAUCCCGGAUGAGGGUUGCACUCGUCCGAACAAGAGCAUGUUCUGCUUCGAAGCCGGUGAAAUCCGCGUCAACGAACAGCUGGUGCUGACCUGCAUGCACACGCUGCUAGCGCGCGAACACAACCGCAUCGCCACCGAGUUGGGUCGCAUCAAUCCACACUGGGACGACGAAACGCUGUUCCAGGAAACCCGCCGCAUUAACAUCGCCAUCAUUCAGCACAUAACCUACAACGAGUUUCUGCCGAUUCUGCUCGGCAAGGAGGUUAUGGAGAAGUUCGGUCUGCUCACGCCGAAGGAGGGCUACUGGGAUGGGUACGAUGAAACGGUCAAUCCGGCCAUUAUCGACGCUUUCGCAGCGGCUGCCUUCCGCUUCGGUCACUCGCUGCUGCCGACGGCCGUCGAACGGUGGUCCAAGGCGCACAAAUUCAUCGCUUCCAAGCGACUUUCCGAUCUGAUCCGUCGGCCGUACGAUCUGUAUCGGGCCGGCGUCUACGACGAGUACCUGAUGGGACUGAUGAAUCAGGUUGCCCAAGCGAUGGACGAUUCCAUCACGCAGGAAGUGACCAAUCAUCUGUUCAAGAAGGAGGGAGCCCGCUUCGGUAUGGAUCUGGUUUCGUUCAACAUGCAGCGCGGCCGGGAGUUUGGCGUUCCCGGCUACAUGGAGUUUAGGAAGUUCUGCGGUCUGCCGACGGCAGACACCUUCCAGGAGCUGUUCGGAUCGAUGCCGAACGAAACCGUUCGACGAUACGAGAGCAUAUUUGAGCAUCCUUCGGAUGUUGAUCUCUGGUCCGGUGGGGUGUCCGAGCGCUCGCUGCCCGGUUCGAUGCUGGGACCGACCUUCGCGUGCGUCAUCGCUACCCAGUUCAGCUACGUGCGCCGUGGAGAUCGAUUCUGGUACGAGCUGCCGAAUCAGCCCUCGUCAUUCACCCCCGAACAGCUGCAGGAGGUUCGAAAGGCCAAACUGGCACGGUUGAUCUGCGACAACACCGAUCUGAUCGACACCGUCCAGAUCUACCCGAUGGUGUUGCCGGACCAUGAAAUCAAUCCAAGAGUGCCAUGCAAGAGUGGAAUCCUUCCAUCGAUCGAUCUGACCAAAUGGGCUGACUUUGGUCAAGAAAGCCAUUCACCUCAUCAAUAUCAAUUCCUCAAUGACAUACCGGAAAACAUCGGUUUCAAGAAGUAA